UAUUGGAUUAGCAAUAGUUCGCGUGUGUCAGUGAAGAUUUGAGUCGUGAUGCAAACACACGGCAACUUGACCGCUAGCUACUUGUGGCAGCCGGGUGAGCUAGCGCGGCGGAUGCUGGGCGAGCGUCCCUCGCCUGUGCCGCCCACCAGAGACAUCUGGCCGACGCCGCAUCAGCCGUUGAGCAUUAGUACUCUUCAUGUCGCUUACCUACAAGAUGAACCCGCACCUCGAAGAGCAGCGACGCUUCCUCCACAACCUUAUGUUCCCACCACCAUACCACUUGAACACGAACACAGCAGACCACGAGUUUGCACCGUUGGCACGAACACAGAUCCACCACUCACAGUACUCGGCAGGCUGAGACGUCUAAUUAGAAAAGAUGAGGAUGGCCCCAUUGGUCAACCUCCACCUGGUAGACUUACUGCAAUUCCUAGGGAAACUGCGCUCGAUGUGAAAGAAGAGGAAAAUGCUGCAAAAAGAGCUUACAGUGGAAUCAAAAAGGCUAUAUCUGGGGCAAAAUAUCGCAUUGCACCAGGUACUGAAACUGUUGGUAGUCCCAAGAUUGUUUAUGAUAUGCCUAAACCUGGGGACAGGAUGACGACAACUUUCGGCGUUCGUGAGCCCAGGAAGUGGUUUUCAAUGCCGUCGGCAGCAACAUGUUCACGACGAAUCCGGUCUGUAGGUGGCUGGUGCAGACCACGUCCUCAACGCCCGCCUAGGCGCCAACCUCAACCACGUUUGCAGAUUACUCAGGUGUGAAGUCAACAAAGUGUAGAAAAGACACUAUUUAACUAUUUUGCUAAAAUUCUGUAAUUAUAUAGUUUUGUGAAAUAAAGUGUCAGUGUGGAUCGCUAAGAAAUAUUGUUUGUGUCGUACGAUCGAAUUUGAAGUAGCGUUUUGGCUAAUAAAUGUGUCUUCAUAAUCUGUGUUUUGUUAGCGCCCGAGGGCGGCAGAGUCGGAGGAGCGGGGGGCCAUAGGGCGGCAGUACCGCGUAUGGCGCCGCGCCGCCCUGCCGACAAGCUCUGCCCGCCCUGCGCGUAUUCCGCUCGCAUCCUUUAUUCCUUCGACUUGGAUCACCAUAAUUUUCGCAGUCCGUUUAGGUUUUAUUCGUUAUUUGGUAUCAAUGCGGUAUUAUAACACGUGAAAAGAUUAAUGGAGGUGAUUUUUGUGUAGUAAAAACGUAGAAAACCAGCGCGGCCCAAUGCGCAAUUCGCGCAAUGGUCCAAAAAAAUUGGGGCACAUUAUUUCAAUUAUUUUUAACAAUACGACAUAAAAGAUUCUUUAAUGAAUAUCGCAUGAUAAAGUUGUCGGUUUUUGUUUAAAAGUUAUCGACCAGAUAUAUUUUUCGGCGACCUUUAUUUGAUUUUUGUACAAAUAACAUGCUUGCUUAUUAAAUCUGCUUAUUUGUUCCGAUUU